UCAGUAUUGAUUCAGAUCUCGAUUUCUUCAUGUUGUGUGACGAGAGGUGGAUCUACUGAUGAUACUCAUUAUAUCCAUAAGAUUCAGUAUGUAAGAACCUCUCAGAUAAGCAUAAAUAUGUAAAUAUCUGAACUUUUCGCGAUAAGUCCCAUCGAAUCCACCAAACUUGUUACGAUCUUCAAACCUGUACAAACAUUUCUCAGCCUCAAAAUGACUCGUAAGGACAAUGCCGCCAGGUCGCGAUGAUACCAAUGGCUUUCCUCCGAACCUAUUUACCGGCGUCCUUCCUGUUAUACCUCCAGAAGGAAGUUUAGAUAAUUCGUCUCGCAAUAAUGCCGCAACCGCCGCGUCAGCUGCCGGUGUCCGUGCCUUGAGCGCCCAAGCUAUCGCCUUUUACUUUCGAGCUCCCGUCAAGGCUUUCUUCCGAACUAGAGUUGACUAUCUCGCGUAUGCACGGAGCGUGCACCAGACGCGGACGGAAUCGUUCGCGCGAGCUGCUGCUAAUGAUCCAGCCGCCUCAAAACUAGGCCUCGCUUUUAGGCAAGCAUGGAUGUGGGCGCGGGGUACAACCCCUGGAUUGCUCACAUCUGUGAUUCAGCAGCACGGAUGGAGCAUCAUACCUCAGCAGAUUCUUCCGCCACUGAUGGCAAACGUCGGGGUUGGCGCUGUGUUAUACACUAGCUAUCUGCAAAUAUUGGCCCAGCUACACGAAGAGACUUCAAGAGCACCAAAAAGAAUCUUUCCUCCGCCGGAUCCCAUUCACACUUUUACCGCAGGUUUCUUGGCUGGGAGUAUUCAGAGCGUUAUAGCAGCUCCACUUGAUGCUAUUCAGGCGAGAUACGACCAUCGUGAUCUCAUUAAUGGCAAUAUCGAUGGAAAGCCGAGGAGUAUGUGGUCAUUCUCAGCAGAGAAGCUUAGAGAGAUAGGACUACGCGGGGUAUUUGCAGGGUGGGGGUUAUCGUUUAUGAAGGAUAGCUUUGGGUGCGCCGUUUUCUUCAGCACGUUCGAAUACGUGAAAGCCCAAGCCUUUUACCGAUUUAUUACGUGGUACUACAGCGACCUGAAGCCAGACGUCAUCAACGUGCUGGCGCAAAAGAGACCGCCUAAACCCCACCACCUAACCGACAAUGCGAAGGAGGAUGCCAACCGUCCGGUUACGAUACGGCCCCACUACGCGAUCGAACCUAUGUUUUUACUAUUCGCCGGUAUCACAGCUUCGUUAACCCAACAGAUAUUUCUUCAUCCUUUGACACAUAUUCAAGUUCAACAUUGGGAUCACCUAGAAGACCUGGAUGCCAAGGCCGCUAAGAUGAGAGACGCGGAAGCUGCAAAUCCCGAUAAGCCAAGGCGUAGGUGGCGUAUGCUUAGGGCUUAUUACCAUGCCUAUCAGGAAACUUGGGCACAGUGCGUUGCAGAAGCGAAUUCAGAAGGCACAGGACUGAGACGAUGGCUGUAUCGUGGCUUUUGGUGGAAUACUAUUCGGCAAGUACCAAGCACCAGUGCUGGGUUGAUUAUAUUCGAGCUGGUUAGGCGGAAAUACGGUGCCGGAAACGAGCCCGUACGGGUCGCACAAGACAAUUACGAAAUUCUUCUCGAUUAGACAUUGGCGAUUGUCUCGAGGUUUCAAGGCGUUGGAAACUAGACUAGGGAUCCCCACUCGGCGCAAGGCACUUCUUUCAGCAUAUCUAGCGGUGAUAACUCUUAUAAUCCUAAAGGUAUUAAUAAACAGGGGUCAAUAAUAAGGGGCUAUAUAUAUCAUCUCCCCUUAUUUCCCGCACUACGAAUAAACGGCUCAAGGGGAAGGACUUGUGCUUCUGGUGUAACACCUUCAUAAAGCUGCGCCCACCGAUAAUCU